AUGCCAAUAGUUAUGAGUAACAAUUAUUUAGUACCAAACAAUAACCCCAUCCUGGAAGAGGCAGCCAUUUUAUCCAACAAAAUUGUAGAGUUUGUGGCAAUAGAAGAAACUAUAAUCAAAUCCAACAAAGACGACCUUGUCAAAGAGGUUGUUAAGAUUACUUCUAACUAUAAUAUUCAAGAUGAAAAUUAUAUAGAUAGCAUUGAACUUGGUCCAGAAAAAGAGGAUGAU